AUGGUCCCGGAGGGCCUGUCUCCGAGGAAGAGGUCCCCGGAGGCCGUCUCGAGGGAAGAUGGGCCGUUCCCCGAGAAGAGGCCGUCCCCGAGAAGAGGCCGUCACCCGAGGAAGAGUCCGGAGGCCGUCCCGAGGAAAGAGGCCGUCCCGAGGAAGAGGUUCGAGGUCCCGGAGGCCGUCCCCGAGGAAGAGGUCGUCUCCGAGGAAGAGGUUCCCGGAAGAGCCGUCCCCGAGGAAGAGGCCGUCCCCGAGGAAAGAGGCGUCCCCGUAGGAAGAGGCCUCCCGAGGAAGAGGCCUUCCCCGAGAAGAAGAGGCCGUCCCCUGAGGAAAGAAGAAAAGGCCGUCCCCGAGGAAGAGUCGUCUCCGAGGAAAAGGGUGUCCCGAGGAAGAGGCUGUCCGAGGAAGAGGCCGUCCCCGAAAGGAAGAGGGUCCCGAGGAAGAGGCCCCGGAGGACGUCCACCCAGAGGAAGAGGCCGUCCCCGAGGAAAGCCGUCCCGUGGAAGAGGCCGUCCCGAGGAAGAGGUCGUCCCCGAGGAGAGCGUCCCAGAGGAAGAGGCCGUCUCCGAGGAAGAGGCGUCCCGAGAAGAAGACGCGUCACCGAGGAAGAGGCCGUCCCGAGGAAAGAGGCCAUGA